AUGGCCCUCCUGGGCCUGGGCGUGUCCUUCGUGACUCGCGUCGGCGACGACGCCGACGGGAGGUGGGCGCGGAACCACUACGAGGCCCUCGGCAUGGACACCUCCCGCUGCCUCGUGGUGCCCGGCGCGCUCACCACGUCCGCCUGCGUGGUGGUGGAGCGGGAGACGAGCAGGCGGACCUGCCUCAUACACUGCGACCGUGCGCUCUUCGCGAGCCCAGCCGCCCAGGCGGCGCCCAUCGACUGGCGCGGCAUCGGCGCCGUGAACACCGACGGCCACGAUCCCGCGCUGGCGCUGCCGAUCGUGCGGGCCGCGGCCGCCGCCGGUCUGCGGAUCUUCUCCGACAUGGAGGUUUGCGACUGCGACCGGCGCGAGCUGGCCAGCCUCGCCACCGACCUGGUGGCGCCCGCGAGGAUCCUCCGGGAGCUGGCCGGCCAGGGCACCAUCAGGCACAAGGGAGGCGGUGUUGGCAUUGGCCAGUGCGAGCCCAGGCCGCACGGUGGUCGCCACGGAAGGUGCGCGGGGCUCCGUGGGCGCGAGGCACGGGGACCGCGAUGUCUGCGUUGUGUCCGCCCUCAGCUGCGACGUCAGGGACACCACCGGCGCCGGGGACGCAUUCGGCGUCGCGCCGAGGGGGGAAAUCGGCCGCGCGUCUCGAAACAAAAAACGAGACGGAGGUGUUCAUAG